GCAUGGGUAAGACGCGCGCACACCGCCCGUACCGCUACUCGCUGUCGAUCGAGUCUACCGUCUUACGCUAGUUUUAAACAAAGUUGUUGAAGUGCAGCUAGGUGCCAUGGGAAACUCCGCGUCCGUCAAGCUGAACGAUAAGAGGAAGUGGCAGAGCGAGUGCGCCCUGGGUCCCCCCGCGGUGCGAGACAAAACCGGCGUGUUCGGCGGCGAGCGGCAGUCGCCGGCCGACGCCAGAGCCAAGUGCACGUUCGACGCUAUGGACCGCGACAGACUCGGGCUUUGGGGCUGCGGGGACGGACAGUCCUCCAGCCGGCUGUCGGGACUGGACCGGCUCAAACACCCCGGCCUGAACAAGGGCUUGGCGUUCACGAUCGAGGAGCGGCAGAUGCUGGGCAUCCACGGGCUGCUGCCGGCGCGGGUCAAGAGCCAAGAGGAGCAGGUGCAGCUCUGCAAGCUCUCCAUCGACCGCUACGAGGAGCCCCUGAACAAGUACAUCUACCUUAUGGGACUCUUGGACCGCAACGAGCACCUGUUCUACCGCUUCAUCGGCGAGAACGUAGCGGAGAUGAUGCCCAUCGUAUACACGCCCACCGUGGGGCUGGCCUGCCAGAAGUACGGCCUCAUCUACCGCCGCCCGCGCGGCCUCUUCAUUACCAUCCACGACAAGGGACACGUCUACGACAUCCUCAAGAACUGGCCUGAGACGGACGUCCGCGCGAUCGUGGUGACGGACGGCGAACGCAUCCUCGGGCUGGGCGACCUGGGCGCUUGCGGCAUGGGCAUCCCCGUCGGCAAGCUGUCGCUUUACACCGCGCUGGCCGGCAUCAAGCCGCACCAGUGCCUGCCCAUCACGCUAGACGUGGGCACCAACACGCAGUCUCUGGACGACCCGCUGUACAUCGGGCUGCGGCACCAGCGCGUGCGCGGCGCCGACUACGACGAGUUCAUCGAAGAGUUUAUGAACGCGGUCGUGCGCCGCUUCGGCCAGAACUGCCUCAUCCAGUUCGAGGACUUCGCCAACGCUAACGCCUUCAGGCUGCUCGAGAAGUACCGUGGCAAGUUUUGCACGUUCAACGACGACAUCCAAGGCACGGCGGCGGUGGCGGUGGCCGGGCUGCUGGCCAGCCUGCGGCUCACCGGCACCAAGCUCUCGCAGAACACCAUCGUCUUCCAGGGCGCUGGCGAGGCCGCUCUCGGCAUCGCGGAGCUGUGCGUGAUGGCGAUGAAGGCGGAGGGCACGGCCGAGGCGGAGGCGCGCGCGCGCAUCUGGAUGGUGGACUCCAAGGGGCUCAUCGUCAAGAACCGCCCCGAGGGCGGCCUCAACCACCACAAGGAGAAGUUCGCGCAAAACCGCCCCACCAUCAAGACGCUUGCCGAAGUCGUUGAAACUGCCAAGCCUACUGUGCUUAUCGGUGCGGCUGCGAUUGGCGGAGCGUUCACGCCGGCCAUCCUCCAGCGCAUGGGCGAGCUCAACGACAAGCCCGUCAUCUUCGCGCUGUCCAACCCCACCAGCAAGGCCGAGUGCACCGCGGAGGCUGCCUAUUCCAAUACUGGUGACCGCGCGAUCUUCGCGUCGGGCUCGCCGUUCCCCGAGUACCGCGCCAAGGACGGGCGCGUGCUGCGGCCCGGGCAGGGCAACAACUCGUACAUCUUCCCCGGCCUGGCGCUCGGCAUCAUCUGCGCCGGCCUCAUCGACAUCAGCGAGGACUUCAUGCUGCUGGCGGCCGAGUCUCUGGCGAAGAUCGUGUCGGACGAGGACCUGGCGCACGGCGGGCUGUACCCGCCGCUCGAGAACAUCCAGGACUGCUCCGUCAAGAUCGCCAAGAAGAUCGUGGAGCACGCCUACGAGACCGGCAAAGCGACAGUGCAGCCGCAGCCGGUGGACACGGAGGCGUUCAUCCGCGCGCAGAUGUACGACGUGCGGUACGGCAGCGCCGUGCCGCCCGUGUACUCGUGGCCCAGCGAGCCGCGCGUCGACGUCGUCUAACCUGACGACACCCACACAACCUCCCCCCUACCCCCUGUCCCGGGAAUCACUAAUUAACCUUCUAUUUACCUACAUAAGGUCCACAGUACCUACGUCAAUGUGGGUAGGAAAUCAUAUUUAAAUGUAGGUAGGUACUAAGCAGCUUUUUCUUGUACGCUUGCUAGAGUGCUAAGAUGGUAACUGGGAGGUAAAUCAGUGAUUCGUCGUCAUCUUAAAGUCGCUUAAAAUGUCAAAUAUUAAUUGGUACAAUUUAUUACUCCGUAUUUUCCAUAUAUGUGUCACAGCUGGAUAGAUUGGUGCAAAAUGUGAAUUAUGGCGUCUUUAAGAUAGGAUAUGUAUAAAAUUUUGUGCUAUGGGAAACCUCUCUUACCGACCCAAGCUACAAUGAAUAUGAAAGCAGUUUGCAAUCUGUGAUGCAACGUAUAUAAUUUAUUUAUAUAAACUUAAGUUCCAUUUUUUUUAAAGAAUUGUCUAAACGAAUUUACAAGUUAAAAUUUAUGUUAAUUGCAUUUAAGUACGUGCCGAGUAGGCGCUUUGAGAAAAUUGUUAGAGCUUUGCUAUAAAUUAAACGAGUAAAUUAAAUUAUCCCUGAACUACACUUACUGUAGAAAAAUAAGUAAAUGAAAAACAAAAUAGUGAAGGCUCUUAUAUGUCUUGCAGAGCCAGUGUUCUAAUUAUCAAAUACUGUUUCUAAAAUCAGCGAUUAUUUUAUUAUAAUAUAAUGACACUAUAAUAUAAGUGUCAUAUUAUGACACUAUUGUUUGUGUAUAGAGACAAAUUUGUUGAAAUUAUUUAGGUUUAUGAUUAUUUAUUUACUUAUGAACUGAAUUCCAAUAAACUGGAUUUUUUUUCAACUGUAAACUCUACUUUAUUGCUAUAAAUAGUAUCUCGCAAAUUGUUCCAGUUUAAUGGAUUUCAGGCGCUGUUUAUGUGUACUUAAAGUUUUCAAUCAUUUGACGCUGAUAUUUAUAGUUAUGUCGAUUAAUAUUCGAACAAAACUUUGUAUUAGUUGUAAUUGGUGUUAUGUUGAAGUUACCCGGAUCAAAUUUGUGAUUUAUAAUAUUUUUAUAUGAGGUAUAUUUUAUAAUGGCUCAGGUUUUAGCUCCGUUCCUUUUUGUAUACGCAGAGGUAAAAACCAAGCUAGCGAUGUGGAUGCUAUAACGGCAAUAGAGCGGUGUUUAUAAUAAAUUAAUGAAAUGUU